UUGAGUCCAUCCUUGUUGUCGAGUCCUUUGCCGUGUUGAUGGUUCCGGAAGCUUCCUUGGUGCCAGGUGUGACAAUGCCCCUCGACAGCCCACCUAACGAGGCAACCAUCCGAGCCCGCCCUACAUGCUCAGCGCUCAUUGUCACUCAGGCUCAGUCAAACCUGAUAAUUGUAACGGCAUUUGUUCAGUUGGUGGUUAUCAUGAUGGUUGCUUCUGUCAUAAUAGUACUUGGGUGUCCGUCCAGGUCCUCCAAACAUCUCUCGAUCCCCAUCCUGGCUCCUACCUGUCAUCCAUCUCCUUCUUCCAUUGGUCGUUCAACAUCGUUCUUCUCCCUUUUCCCCGCUGUGGGUGUCUUCAUCACUCAAUACCUCUCUGACAAAUCUUCCCUCACCGUCGACAUCCUCCGCAGUCUCUCAGUUGGCUUGGUUGAGCACUGUGGAAUGAUGGUUUACCAUGCCAUCAUUUCUGUGAUGUCCGACAUUUUUGAGAGAGGUCAGGCCAGUCAAGAAAGCGGAAUUGGACAAGGCGAGAUUGCUACGAUGGAUAUUCUCAGAGCGGAUUGUGCAGAGCAGGAUACAGCUUCAUUGCUAGUUCUGAACCUCGGGAUGAUAAAUAAUACAGCAUCUCUCUUAUCUGGAAAUCUCGCAUGCAGCAAUGACUUUGACCUGUUCGGUAGGCCCGCUGAAGUUAACAUGUCCUUUGACAUACCCAAAGCUCAGGAUACAUCUGUCUAUCGCAAGUCAAUCUUGGCCCAGUCAAUAAUCAGUAUGUAUGCAGGGGUCUCGGAGGAGAACUUGGUAUCAAUCAUAAUCAUUGAAGAGAUGGCCAAAGUUUAUGACGUUUUGGAUUCCAUCGAAUUUGCAAGUCUUUCAGUGGCGAGCAUGGGUGAUUUACAGGUGAUGGAAUCUACAAUGCUGUUGCCAUCUGGAGAUGAUCUGGCCCCAACCACCGAUAUUGAGAGAGUAGACCAGUCUGUUUUUGAUGAGGUUGCAGAUGAGACUAGUAGUAGUGAGAUGGUUUUAUCCGUGUCUUCAUUAUGGUCUAUAACGGAUCUUCGGUCGGCUCCUCCUGAAUGGCACUCAGUUCUGAGUUCGCCUCAAGUCUUUGAGAGUACUGGAGAAUUCAGACAUUUUGAUCCCAGUUGGUCCUCAGAGGCCAAGGCAUCGUUGUUUUCUGAUGAAAUCUUUGCCUACCAUAGCCUGCCUCCAGUUGAGUCCACUGAGAUUUUUGGUUCAGGAUAUGUAUCCCAUGAGGAUGGGGUAUUGUUCAUGGCACAAUCUUUGUAUAUACGACUGUCAAAUCCACCCUUACGACUCUCUUCCUCAGGAUUAUCCUUUGAUGACCUUGAGGUUGAUGACUCCUUCGAGAUGCCAUCGGCCAUACCUAUUCGCAAGGGCAUGCCUUCGCUGUCCCGCAUUCCAGUCCUCUCCAAGCAUAAGAUGACGUCUGUCGACCUGGUUCAGGUGACUAGAUCCCCUCGCACCGUCAGACAGUUGCUGUCCCGUAUCCCCAUUCACCCAUCCAGCGAAAACCCCUCGGUCCUCCCUGUUUCCUUGCCUUUGCACCGAAAAUGUGCGCGCAGGAAGAAAGCGGGUCCCCUGCGUGUUGAGUAUGCCACUGCCAUGGUUGUUCCCAAUAUUCACCUCGAAGAGCGGACUAGAUGA